AUGCACCAAAAGAUUGAUAAAAUUUUCGACAACAUAAUUGCUGAGCGUGUUGAUAACUUAGCAAGAACGAGAAAGGGCAUGGGAGAAUCCAGCGAUGAAGAUCUAAGUGAUGUUCUACUAAGAGUAAAAGAAAGUGGUGAUCUUCAAAUUCCAAUCACCAACAACAAUAUCAAAGCUGUUCUGAUUGACUUGUUUACAGGUGGCCUUGCAAAUGUACCCGCAGCUGUUGAAUGGGCGAUGGCUGAGAUGAUCAGAAAUCCAUAUGUGAUGGCCAAGGCACAGAUUGAAAUAAGGGGAGCCUUUAUAGGAAAGAAAACAACAAUUGAAGAAACUGAUGUUCAAGACUUGGAGUACCUGAAGUUGGUCGUUAAAGAAACUCUAAGGCUACACCCUCCUGCUGCACUUUUACUCCCUAGAGAAUGUAGGGAGCAAUGUGAAAUAGACGGAUAUAUAAUCCCCAUCAAGACCAGAGUUAUAGUUAAUGUCUGGGCAAUAGGAAGGGACCCUGAGUAUUGGGAUGAUCCAGAGAGUUUUAGACCCGAGAGAUUCGAAAACAGCUCCAUUGAUUUCACUGGAACUCACUUUGAGUAUCUCCCUUUUGGUGCAGGAAGGAGGAUGUGCCCAGGAAUUUCAUUUGCUAUGCCUAAUAUUGAGCUUCCAUUAGCUCUUUUGCUCUAUCAUUUUGACUGGAAACUCCCAACUAGCCUCCAUUCCAAUGGUUUAGACAUGAGCGAGGCAGUUGGAUUUUCUGCAAGAAGAAAACAGCACCUUUGCUUGCUGGCCUCUUUGUGUGAUCCUGCCCACGAUAUCGCAUGCCAGACCCCAGUAACAGAUUAA